AUGAGUCAUGGAAUAUCCAAGAGAAGCCCACUUGAAUCACUCAAUAUACCCGAUACUGUUUUUGAACAAGCAUCAAGAUUAUGUGUUGGAAUGCAAUUUGAUCAUUGGAAUCAUGCAAAUUUGGUCUUGUUAACUUAUGGACAACAGACUGGCUUUGUAUGGCGAAUUCAAGACAAAUAUCUUGAUAAAAAUGGGGGA